AUGGUGGAGAUGCUGCCAACUGCCAUUCUGCUGGUCUUGGCGGUGUCUGUGGUUGCCAAAGAUAACGCCACGUGUGAUGGCCCCUGUGGGCUGCGGUUCAGGCACAGCACGCAGGGGGGCGGCCGCAUCAUCGGAGGGCAGGACGCGGUGAUCGGGGCCUGGCCCUGGAUGGUCAGCCUCCAGGUCUUCACCUCCCACAACAACCGGAGGUACCACGCGUGCGGAGGCACCUUGCUGAACUCCCACUGGCUGCUCACUGCCGCUCACUGCUUCGUCUCCAAAAAGAAAGUGUACGACUGGAGACUGGUUUUUGGCGCAAGGGAGAUCGUGUAUGGGAAUGAUAAGCCCGCGAAGCCGCCCCAGCAGGAAAGAUACGUGGAGAAAAUCAUCAUCCACGAGAGCUACAUCCCCAGUCUGGAGUACAACGACAUCGCGCUCAUGAAGAUCACGCCGCCCGUUCCGUGCGGGCAGUUCAUUGGCCCCGGCUGCCUGCCCCAGUUCAGGGCGGGCCCACCUAGGGUGCCCCAGGGCUGCUGGGUGGCUGGCUGGGGGUUCUUGAAGGAGAAAGCCUACAGGAUCGCACCUACACUGCAGGAGGCACGCGUGAACCUCAUUGACCUCGACUUAUGUAACUCCACCCAGUGGUACAACGGGCGCAUUCGUUCAACCAACGUGUGUGCAGGCUACCCUGAAGGCAAGAUCGACACCUGCCAGGGGGACAGCGGCGGGCCUCUCAUGUGCAGAGACAACGUGGCAAACACCUAUGUGGUCGUGGGAAUCACAAGCUGGGGGGUAGGCUGUGCCCGAGCUAAGCGCCCCGGAGUCUACACGGCCACCUGGCCCUAUCUGAACUGGAUUGCUUCCAAGAUUGGUUCUAAUGCCUUGCACAUGGCUCAACUGGCCACCCCUCCCCAUCCUAGUACUCAAGCACCCCCGGCUAGACCCCCCUCUGCCCAGUCUCCUGCUCACCCUCCUUGGUACUUCCAACGCCCUCCUCGACCGCCUCCUGCCAGUCCGCCAUCUCAACCUCGACCUCGACCCAAACCCCCAGCUGCACCCCCACCUCCACCUCCACCCCCACCCCCACCUGCACCCCCAUCUAUCACUAAACCUCUCCAAGUACUUUCUUUUGCCAAGCGACUACAGCAACUCAUAGAGAUCUUGAAGGGGAAGACCUUUUCUAGCGCAAAGGGGUAUUAUGAAAUGGAGACCACAGAUCUCCCAGAACUGACCGCUGCCUCCUGA